AUGAGACAAGUCUCGGUUCCUCUCUCUUCUAUAGGGAGGAUUGCCAAAUACCACCUUUAUGGGUGCCUUGCGUUUGUGUUAAUACUUGGAGAAUCGAAUGUGGUAGCUAAGAUCGCCAUGGCUGCGUAUGUCGGCGUUUACACUAUGGUUCUGUUUUGUUAUGGACCAAUUGUUUAUGUCAAAUCUUUCCAGUCUGUGCCAGAAACGCGGGGAGGAUUGAUCAAGACAGGACUCAAUCUGCUACCUUUACUAGUGGAAAAGGCAUCACGAGUUCUGAUAAGUUGCUUUCAGCUGAUAUUCCGAUUGCUCCAUCUAUCGUCUGGCACGAGCACGGUCAACGAGCUGUUGGUUGCCUAUGCCAUUGUGAGCAUCCGGAAAAUGAUUGCUUUGGUUUGUUGGGCAUAUAUAACACAGCAGGAUGACAACAGCGUUCACAUGAAGGCAUUUUUGGUGUUCUGUCUGAUGAAUAUCACGCAGAACAGAUUUAUACUGAAAAACGACAUGGCCAAAGGAGAGCGGGUGGAUUGGAAAGAGGGCCUAAUAAGUUUUGUGAGCAGACCAACGAGAAACAGCAAACGUGAGGCGGAGAAGUUACAUUUUCGCAGAAACACGUUGUUUGCUGCUAACGCGCUUUUCUCUGUUUCUCUAUUCGUCUCCAUGUUCAAAUACUACUCGCAGUUUCAGGACAAUUACUAUAAAGUGAUGAGCGUCCUUAUCAGAUUAAUUCUGCUAGUGGACGUGGAGUUUUUGCGCACUAUGUGCGACGAAUUUGUCGGGCUCGACGUCGUUAUGGGUGGUGAGAAGAGUAACGUUUAG